CUUUGGUCUGCUAGAAGAAUAUUCUGAAAAUGUUGGUUGUCCUCGCUUUUAUUAUCAUCUUUCACAUAACCUCUAUAGCAUUGCUGUUCAUUUCUACAAUUGACAAUGCUUGGUGGGUUGGAAAUAACUUUUAUGUUGACAUCUGGAAGACCUGUAUGAAUUCCAGUAAAACGGUACAGUGCUCGGCAAUUGGAAGUGAUACUACUAAUUUUAAUGCCAUACAGGCUAUUCAGGCUACAAUGGUCCUUUCAACCAUACUUUGCUGUAUUGGACUACUGAGCUUUGGUCUUCAACUGUUCCGACUGAAACAAGGAGAGCGAUUUGUGUUCUCUGCUAUCAUCCAAAUGUUGUCAUGUCUUUGUGUUAUGAUUGCAGCUGCAAUCUACUCUUCCAUGCAUGAAACAUUUCACCCGAACCUUAACAUUCAGGAUGGCACUUUUGGAUAUUCUUUCAUCCUCGCUUGGAUUGCCUUUGCUUUCACUUUCAUUAACAGUAUCAUGUACUUAAUACUUAGAAAACGCUAGAUAAAUUCACUCCAGAAACCAAAUCCAGAUAACAGUUUUGUAUAUAAUCCAUUUAACGUGGUUUUCUGGUAAAAGGUAUUGUUUUCUUAAACAUCAUGUACUGUUCUCUUAGCAUGUUAAAUGCUAAGAGUAUAAUGCAUUAUACACGUAUCCUGGAACAUUGGCCCUUACUGGGGAAAAAAGAAGACUAUUGCAAUACAUGUAUAAUGUUUUACAACUUGAACUUUUUUGUUUAAUUUUAUAUAAAUAUAUUGUUGUUGUUAGACUUAAAUUUAACAACCAUAAGGUAAAGGUUUUAUUGUGGGGGAAGAGGGAGUAGGUUUGCGAUUAAUACAUCAAGCUUGUGGUCAAUAUGCAAGAAGGACUGGGCAUUUGUAUAGACAUAUUAAAAAGCCUGCUGCC